AAAAAUAACAAAUGAGUUCCCUGUGAGUUUGAAUGAGAAUAAAUUCCAUGGUAACGUUUUGAUAUUAAAAAAAAAUCAAUAAUAAUGCGAAUAGGGUAAAAAUAUUUUUUAAUAAUGGUAACAUUAAAAUGACGGCCAUGGUAGUUCGGUCACGCGAAAAAAAUGUGAAUUUGUGAUUAAAUUUUUCAUUGUUUUAACUAAGCUAUUUAGUUUAAAAUCGGUAUAAUUUUGCCAAUGAACUGUUCAAGAUGUGCCCUAUAGGUUAUGUGUGCGUGAUCGAGUGAGUUUUGGAGGGAAAUCAAGAGUUAUUCACCACGCACGUAGUGUUGUUAAAAAAAGUGUGUUUUUUUGUAUCAAAUGUCCGUCAUAGAUAUCCACCAAAAUGGAUCAAAACAUGACAGAAUUGGAUCCGCUCAGCACAUAUGAGUACCCCCCCUAUGGUUACCAGCACAUGCACUACCCCUACUCUUACGAGAUAAAGUUAGAGCAACCGCUAGCACACUAUGCUAAUCUAGCUGCCUCCAUACAGAACCAAACACAGCAAGUCAACGAUAUACCUCCCGUACCACAAGAUACAUUAAAAAAUACUAAUACCAAUAUUAAUACAAGUAUUCCUGUACAAGUAGCUACAAGCAGUCAAAUUCAAGAAGAGAAACCGUUGUUCGAUCUAAAUAAAGUUAAAAAAGAAGGCGGUAAAAAAAGCAAUUACUGGUCACAAAAAAUCACAGAUGAAAAUUUUCCUUUCUACGCCUGCGCGCUAUGCAAUGUUAGCUACAAGCUACUAAGAGACCUAGAUUCACAUCUGGUUGACCAUAAGGAAAGACUCACUAGCUACGAUUUGCGGAUGAAAAAUAAACAAAAGAAGAGAAAGUUGAAAAAGGAACAGAAGAAGCUGAAAAAGUUGAAAAAAGAGGUUAAACAAGAGGAUAUAGAAAUUAAACCGGAGGACGGUUAUAUCGGUAAUGAAAAGGCAGCUGAUUUUGUUGAGAAUUCGAAUACGGUAGCUUCAGAGAUUACCCAAAAUAAUGAUAAUGUUAAUGCUAAUGUAAAUAACGAAAGUGUUAAUAAAGUUGAUAGUAAUGUAAAUAACGAAAGUGUUAAUAAAGUUGAUAAUAAAGAAAGUGUUAAUACAGUUGAUAAUAAUGUAAAUAAUGCAAAAACUGGAGAAGCGGAUAAGGAAGUGGAGUACAAUAAGGAUUUGGAGAAGAUAUACAAAUGUUUUGCGUGUAAUAAGCAAUUCUCGUUAAGUUAUUACUUGAAACUACAUGUCAGAUCUCACACAGACGAAAAACCAUACACCUGCGCCGAGUGUGGGCAGUCGUUUAUAACGGCGAGCAAACUAGGGCGCCAUAACAAGCGGAUACACCUUGCCAUCAAGUACCAGUGUCGGAUAUGCUACAAGAUAUUUACCAGGUUCGAGUAUCUGACGCGCCAUUUUGACAAAAAACACGCCGAAGACAAGUUGGAAGGGGAGCCUUAUGACUACAACGCAAUCCUGCCCUACCUCAAAGAACUGGAGGAACAACUCCGAGAGAAGGCAGAGGCGGAAAGCAAGCCCAAAACUGAAGAGCUGUGGAGCGACUGGCCGGAGAUGGAUCAGGCGCUGAUGCAGGACAGGAACGAUCUCAUGGAUGACAAGAAGGACUUCGCUAUGAACCAUCUCGAUAUAGUCAUGGACGAUGUUAAGGUGCCAGUAGAAACGAUGGAGAUAGAGAUCAAGUUGGAGAAAGAGCAUGACAACGAUAUCGGUGUUGGCGACGACAUGCACGACCAUAUGGCUGGCAACGACCACGACGAUGUUAAAGAUGAAAGUUUAUCAGAUGAGGAUUAUUUCCCCUCUAACACGUGGGCGGAGCCCCCCAGCAUGGAGGCGGGGCCCCCCUCGCCCCCCACCCGCGGCCGCCGCGCCAAGCCCGACGGGCCCCUCACCUGCAAGAUAUGCGAGAAGAAGAUCAGUACGCACUCCUACAUGAGGAUACACUUGAGGACGCACACAGGGGAGAAACCAUACAAGUGCUAUAUAUGCAGCAGGGGGUUCAUAACGUCGAGUAAAAUGCAUAGGCAUGUUUUGACACAUUCGGAAUCGUUUGACAAAGACGGUGUGAAAAUUGAAGUGGACGUGAAGCUAGAGGGAGACGAAGCGACGAAAGAGGAAGAUGGAGAUAUGGACACGAAAAAAAAAGCCAAGACGAAAACAAAAAAGAAGAAAGACGAAAAGAAGAAACGCGACUAUCAGAAGCGUCCGCACGCGUGCGAGUUCUGCCAAAAACGGUUCCUACACCUCGAAAUGCUGCAAGUACAUAAGAAGAGCCACGAAGGGGAGUGCGCUACUUUGAAGUGCUAUUACUGUCUAGUUGAUAUAGAGGACGAAAACGUGUUGAAGGAACAUGAGGCGACGCAUACGGGGCCGAAACCGUUCCUGUGUACGUUGUGCGGAAAGGGGUACAAGCGGAGAGAAACUAUGGUAUACCACCGCAAAAACCACAAAAGCGAGAAGAAAUUCAUCUGCGACAUCUGUUCGAAGACAUUCAACGCGCCGUGCAAACUGCAGCGACACAUCGUCAGCCACCGAGCGGACAAAUUUGUGCUCCGAUACGAGUGUCCAGUCUGUGCGCAUAUGUUUAACACGAAAUAUCAUGUGCAGAUGCAUCUGUCAACACAUCAGAAAGAGGGGCUGAUUUUAGAAGAGAACCGAAACGAUAUACUGGCUAUGGUGCUGCAGAACGCGCGCAAGAUACCCAAACAGGGAGACGCCCCAACCAACUUAGCCGACCUGAUCCCAGCCGACGAGCGAAGCCGCGUGUGCAACAUAUGCGGCGAAAUGUUUCAACACUUCUACUACCUAGAGGAACAUUUGAAAAGUCACGGAUCCCGAAUAGCCAUAGAAGACGAAAAUAAACAGGAGGAAAGAAAACACAUAUGCCAAGUAUGCAAUAAAAGCUUUAAAUUGCACUAUUAUUUAAAACUACACAGUUUCACACACACUAAGGAGAAACCUUACAUAUGUCAGCAAUGCGGGAAAGGUUUUAUAACCAAAGGGAAAUUAAAAAGGCACUUAGAAACGCAUUCUGGUCUUAAAAAAUACCAAUGUCAUAUCUGUUAUAAGUUCUUUACGCGACCUAGUUAUCUUAGGAUACAUGUGAGGACUAUACAUGGGAAUCAAGAUUAUAAUUUUAGAGUAGGAUUUAGGGAGGGAAAGGAGUUCGGUAUAGCUGCGCCGUUGCUGCCGGUUAUGACGCAAUAUAACGAUUAGUUUUGUCUCCUGGGUUACUUUUUGAAACUAUUUUUUUACCAAUUACCAUAAUUAUAACCGUAUUAAUAUGGUUAUAAUUCUAAAGCUAAAACAACGCAGAUAGAAUUAAGGUUUUUUUUGUCUCCUGGGUUACUUUUUAAAACUAUUUUUUGUUGAUUGAUAUUACCAUAAUUAUAACCGUAUUAAUAUGGUUAUAAUUCUAAAGCUAUACACAGAUAGAAUUAAGGUUUUUUUGUUUCCUGGGUUACUUUUUAAAGUAUAUUUUUAGGACGUGAUUACCAUACAUGCAUUUUUGUGGUUAUAAUCCUAAGCAAAUUCAGCACAGAAAAGGGUAAAUCAACUUUUAGUGUAACUAGUUGCUUGUUGCCAUGGUGACGAUUAGUUGUCCAGAAGAAAAAACGACUUUCCUGAUUUUAUGGAUUAUAAAUUUACCAAACAACAUAAAAACAUCUACAGAUGUAGUGCAUAACUAUUUUCCAUCGUAUUUUCACGGAAACGUACGAACGGGUUUGCUAUUUCAGUCAGUUUCGGUACAAAAAGUACUGAGGUUGACUGAAGUAGCAUGACAAAUACGAACGUUUCCGAGAAAAUACGAUGGAAAACGAUUAUGCACUAACUAAGCAUAUUAGUAGAACGUGAUACAAACGGUUCUUGUAACAAAUGGUGUCACUAGUGUCUCUUGGACAACGGGACAGAAUAACAACAAAAAGUUGAUCUACCCAAAGACAAUGUCACUUUUUUACUUUUAUAAGUCACUUAGCCGCCGCCAUACAAUCGGAGCAACGCUCUCAUUUUAAAAUUACAUUUUGAAAUAACAUGAAAUUUGACAUGAACAGUCAAUUAACAUAUACCUAUAUAUAUGUCUGAUACUAGUUUUUAACUAGAUUGUAAUACAAAAAUAAAAUUAGAGCGAGCAGAAAAUUUACAUAUAAAAUUUCACUUUAUUUUCUUUGUAUAUAUUUUUAGGGUUCCGUACCCGAAGGGUAAAAACGGGACCCUAUUACUAAGACUCCGCUGUCCGUCUGUCUGUCUGUCACCAGGCUGUAUCUCAUGAUCCGUGAUAGCUAGACAGUUGAAAUUUUCACAGAUGAUGUAUUUCUGUUGCCGCUAUAACAACAAAUACUAAAAAGUACGGAACCCUCGGUUGGCGAGUCCGACUCGCACUUGGCCGGUUUUUUUUGUGUAAAUGUUAAUUCCAUGCUUCAUGUAAUUUAAGUAUGUAAUUUUAAAAUGAGAGCACAAGGGGUCAUCCAUAUAUUACAUCACA